AUGGGUCCUUCCAAGAGGAAGGGCGCGAAGCCACCUCCUCAGAUGCGCUCGCGCACAACGAGGAGCAGGGGAAAGCCAUUGCCAGAUCCGGAGGAGAAUAGCCAGCUGCUCAACCAGCAGCUCCGUGCCAUGGGACUGUAUGCCGCACCAACGCUCGGUGACGGCAACUGCCUGUUCCGCGCCCUUUCCGAUCAGUUAUAUGGCUCACCCUCAUCCCAUCUCAAGUUGAGGCAGGAUAUUUGUAACUGGAUAGAAUCACACAAACAACGAUACGAGCCAUUCGUUGACGACGAACGGGGACUCGACGUUCACCUCCAGUGCAUGCGACAGCCAGCAACAUACGGCGGCCAUCUCGAGUUGUCCGCAUUUGCGCAUAUGACGCGACGCGACGUCAAAGUUAUCCAACCAGGUUUGGUAUACGUGAUCGAAUGGGCAACAUCAGGAGGAGAUCUUGUUGCUGAUAGGCCGUCGACGCCCUCGCCGUCGUCUUCAACGAGCACACCGGACGAUCCAGCGUUGAAUGACCGUGAGAAGCGCCGUCUGAUGCGUGAACGAAGGCGCUCCGAGAUGGAGAAGCUUUCCCAAGCUGAUUCCCAAGCUCCCGUUGGGCCGAUUUAUGUUGCGUACCACGAUUGGGAGCACUUCUCGUCGAUACGAAGCUUGCGUGGCCCGCAUAGCGGCCUUCCGAACGUGGUGGAAUCACCUGCUCCCACAACCCCGCCCACCCCGACAAAGAAACCAACGUUGAAGGCAAAGCCUCUAUCAAGGGCUGCUCUCAAGCAGGCGUUGAAGCCGAAGGUAUUGAUUGAGCCGGCGGCACCCCCCACGCCCUCGCAGAUCCCGUUACCAGGCUCGCGCUCUCCCUCGCCCGUCUCGUCCUCCGCACCCAACUCCCAGACCUCCCAGACGCUCUCCUUCCCGCCCAUCCCCGAGCUCGCGGCAAGUGCAGGUACACUUCCCCGGACGUACCGGUCGCCAAAGCGGACGUUUGACGAAUCGUCCGCGUCGUCACAGGGGCAUUCGGAGAGCUCACAGGGCGCAGCAAAGCGCGCGAAGAGCUCUUCGCGCUCGCGCCUGGACUACAUGCUGGUGGACCAGGGUGACCCUGAACUGGACACCCCAGACCUGUCUGUGUCGGGAUCUUCACCAGCGUCGACGAGCUCGCUGUCUUCUGUCCCCUCCCGCUCAGGCACGCCUCCCCCUCCACCAGCACCGCCUACCCCUGUAGAAGUGGAACGACGGCUGACGCGGCGGCAGCGUAAGGUGUUGGGCCUGCCGAAGUUACGUCCGGCGCUCGUGGCGACCACGACGGUUCGGAGGACCAGCGCCGGAAGGAUCAUGAUCCCCGGCGGGCGGUUCAAGAAGUCGGCUGCGGGCAGGCCCGCAGCGGAGGAUGAGGAAGGGGAGGCGGGUGCCGAGUGGAAGCACAACGGGACGGGGCGGGUGGAUGUGCGGGGCUUCAGAGAGUUGAAGAUCUAA